UUUACUCAGUGCAGGAAUGAAUCGCACACUUCCUGUUUUUGGUUUAAAAGAAAUAAUAAUAAUAAAAAUAACAUUGAAAUGGAAUUAAAAGAAAAAUUAUAAUUUAGGGGUUUGUAAUCCUUUAAAUAAUUUGAAGGCUGUUGUUUUAUUUACAACGACGUGAGAAAGUAAAUAUUUUGGAUGGAUCGAAUUUGGCAGGUGCGUCCUACCACCUGGGGAGAUCAGAGAAGAAAAAACAAUGUUCACGCUGGCCAACUGGGGAGUCGGGAGGGGGGAGCAAUUGUUCUUGUGCUCGGUACAAAUCAAUCGUGCCUAUUGUGAAUGCGCCCUAAAACAUUGAUGACACAGUUGGCUGUUGUAAGGAGAGAAGAGCAUGGACAGCUCAGUGACCCUGUGGCAAUUCCUGCUACAGCUCCUGCUAGAACCGGGCAAUGAGCAGCUCAUCUGCUGGACCAAUGAGGAUGGUGAGUUUAAGCUGCUGCAGGCCGAGCAGGUGGCUAAACUAUGGGGCGCUCGAAAGAACAAGCCCAGCAUGAACUACGACAAGUUGAGCCGAGCCCUGCGCUACUACUAUGAUAAGAACAUAAUUAAGAAAGUAAACGGGCAGAAGUUUGUAUACCGCUUCGUCUCCUACCCGGAUAUUUUAAAAGCCGAUUAUGCCACCCGAGCUGAAGGAAGCGAAGCGAGUCCCUUUUCUCCUCCUCCCCCUCCUGAGCAACAACAGCCAAACAAAGCGCUAGCCUCCAGCACCAAACCGCCCAAGGACACCUUCAAACCAAGCAGCGCCACUCCGAGCCAGUCCAAAUCGUCGGGCCGGAAUGACUAUAUCCACUCAGGUCUGUACACGUCCUUUACGCUGACUUCUCUCCAGUCUGGAACACAGCUCUUCAAGUCCAUCAAGAUGGAAAAUCCUGGGGAGAAGAUGGCUGAGAAAAAGGAAGCCCCGCAGCCACCAUCAGUCAUCAAAUUUGGGACCUCGCCACCGAUCAGGGUGCCUACGCAGAGCGUAAUGGAUAAGCUGACUCCGCCUCCACCAACUGCGAUUCAGCCCCCGAUCCAGUUGUCAGAACCUGAGGAAGAGCAGCUCACUCCCUCCACGCCGCUCGAGGUGAACCCCGGUACUGACGCAGCGCCGAUGAACAUUAUCCUUUCAGGGAUUUCUCCUUCUUUGGGAUGUUUGUCGCCUUCUUCCAGCACACUCGCUGACUCCAAGGAGCUGAUUAUAGACACGGAUGUCGAAUCUGUUUCCUCUCAGCCUUCUGAGCUGCACCUACAGAUUCAGCCCUCAUCUGAAUCCAGCUCCUCAGACAUGUCGCUGUCCCUAUGCCGUAGUCAAAGCGGCAAAACGUCGAAGAAGCCCAGAGGACUUGAGCUGAUGCCCACGCUGUUGGUAAGCAGCUCGGAUUUGAGUCCCCUUAACCUGUCCAGUCCGUCACUCCCUACAGCCUCGCUCACACCAGCCUUCCUGCAGACACCCUUGUUGCUCACACCCAGUCCUCUGCUCUCCAACAUCCAUUUUUGGAGCACACUCAGUCCUGUUGCUCCAAUCAGCCCGGCUCGAAGACAAGGCGCACAUACACUCUUUCAGUUUCCAUCUGUCCUAAGCUCGACCCAGUUCUCUGUGCCGGUACCCGCUCUGGACGGCACCAACACGCCUGGACCCCUCUCUCCAGACCCACAGAAGACAUAGAGGAUAAAAAGAGGGGAACAAAAAAAAUUGAAGACUGCCAUGAUUGGUGGGUUGCCUUGACACACAGAAAAAGCACACAUCCUCAUCCUGUCUUUUUCUAUUUUAAGACAAAUGUGUGCAACCUUGUUGACCAAAUGCUCCCUCCUGGUGACGAAAACGACAAUGAGUGUUUAGGAACUUCAGGUGGACUUUGUCUUCGUCCUGAAGGGAGAGUUGUAAAGGUGUUUUUUUUUUUUUUUUAGCUGUUUGCUCAAAUGGAUGAAGAGCCAUC